AUGUCUGAAUGCAAAAUCAAAAUCAAAUCCACCCCUCAACCCCUAAAGCUCGUGCGGGCGGCAACAGGCGAUACGACGGUCGCAGUCGGCGCAGAGGGCACGACGGAGCCGGUCACGCGGACCGUGAAAGCGAGUAAAAUGACAACGCGACCGGGCGUAGUGUUCGUCGAUACCCCGGCACCGGCGGACGGCCGCUUAGACGCGGGGCUGCUCAAGGAGAUUUCGAGCGAGUUGGGGCGGCAGUUGAGGGGCGAUGGGCGGAUAGGAUGCGUCGUUUACUGCCUGGGGCAAACGCGGCCGCUGCGUCGUCAGGAUGUAGAGAACGGGCUGAGCGAUGUGUCGCGUCUGACAGCGAAACACCCGAAACUAGACGGUGCGGCGCUGGAAACGAUAUCCGUGGGGAGUAUCGUGAAGGAACGGGGCCUCAAGGUGCGCCUCGUCAGCGAGACACCGUGCACGCGGCUGGGCGCCUUGAAGAGUCUCGUAUUGGAGAAGUGCGAUGAGAGCAGCGAGUUGGACACAUCGCCGGCGUCGAUGUUGGGGUCGGGUCCACUGGCCUUGGUCCACGAACCGAGGGACUAG